AUGAUUGUGAUCCUCAUCAUUUUCACUCCAUCGAUCAUCAUGAUUCUCACCUCGACAGCCGCCGUUCUUUCCAUAAAUCUCGGGGUUUUUGGCGCUCUUCCCUAUAUGGGAAUCGAUUUGGAUCCAAUCUCGAUGACAACCACUCUAAUGGCCAUCGAAUCACAAGGGGAUCCCCACCUCAAAGCCUAUCUCAUUUUGCUGGAGAUGGAGAAAUAUCUUGAGAAAAUCACAGCCACCAUCGAAAGAUCAACACACGAUGCAUUCUAUUGGAUUGGAGUCAGAAUUGCACAUCGACCGAGGAUAUAUUUGGCGCUUUUCACAUUUUGGUCUUUUGUGAUGGCCGGUGGAGUUUGGCGUUUUAAAGAAGUCAACAAUGUGAGGGAGCAUUUCUCGGCGACAAACUCGCCAUCGAGAUACGAAUUUGCGGUGGCCAGAGAGUUCUUUCAGGAUAUGGGUAUGCCAUUUCAUGUGGUUGUCGCUCUUCAAGCCGCCGACAAGGGAAGCAUUUUGAGGCCAGGAUAUAUUGAGAAAGCGCUAGAGAUCGAGGAUUAUCUCCAAUAUAAACUCAAAAUCGAACACGACAAUCGCACGUGGUCGUACUCGGAUUUUUGUGGCACUCAAUGUGAUACAUCGGAUGCGGUAAACAUCUUUCUAACGAUGUACCGUGAUCAACAAGUGCACAAAACGAACAACGUGAAGUUGACCUAUCCAUCGAUGGACCUUUUCGGACAUCAUAUCUAUCUUGCGAACAAUAUUUUCCUCGUUGAUGUCAAUAAGAGAUCUCAAAUCGUCGAAGCGGCUCGUUUAAUCGCAAUCAAUUUCCAAUCGAUUUAUCCCAAUGAAACAAUGGAAGCAGUCAUGCACAAAUGGGAACACGCUGUCUUUGAUUUUACACAACGAACUUUGGGUGAUCCAUUGAUUCAUGCUUAUUGCACAUCUGAGGGUUUAGUGAGUGAAGAAGUGCGAAGAACAGGAAUUUUGGCGCUUCCCUUAAUGCCGAUCACUGUUCUCGUCGUUUUCGCGUUCACUUUGCUCACCACAUGGAAAAUGGAUCCCCUUCGUUCGAAACCAUGGGAAGCAAUUCUCGGUGUUCUUUGCCCGAUUCUCUCACUUUUCGCCUCUUUCGGCAAUCUUUUCUGGCUCGGUUACGAAUUCCUGCCGAUCGUCACCGUUGUGCCGUUUUUAAUUCUCGCAAUCGGUGUCGAUGAUGUGUUCAUCUUUUUGCACGCAUGGCAUCGCACAAGUGUCAAUAAACCGGCUGAGACUCGAUCGGCGGAAAUGUUGGCUGAUGCCGGUCCGUCAAUCACAAUCGCUUCAUUGACAAAUCUUCUUUCGUUCGGCACGGGAAUUCUCGCACCAACACCCGCUAUCACAGUCUUUUGUGUUUUCAUCUCUGUUGCUGUCGUUUAUGAUUGGGUUUAUCAGGUUUUCUUCUACACAGCCGUUUUGCAAUUGAGCGGAGAAAGAGAAGAAAAACGAGGAAAUGCCUUCAUUCCAUGUCUCACCGUCGCUCAACGAAAAAAAUCCGAAAUGAAUAAGAAAAUGGCUGAAGAAGAAGAAGAAGAGGGUUUUUGUCAUAAAAUGGGAAAUGUCAUUCUCGAUGUUUGGGUGGAUUUCUGUAUGUCAACAUGGAGUAAAUUCCUCGUUGGAGCGUCGCUCAUAGUUUACUGGGCUUUCAUGAUCAAUGGAGUCCUUCAAAUCCGGGUCGGUUUGACUAGCGAAAAGCUGUUUAUGGACGAUUCUCCACUUCUCACGCUCGUCAAAUUCCAAUCGGAAGUCAUUUUUAAGGAGGGUGGACAGGCAACUGUUUUUGUAAACAAUCCCGGCGAUCUUCGACAACCGGAAGCGAUUCCCGAGAUAAUGCGCCUUUUGACUCGAUUCGAGAAUGCGAAUCAUUCAGUUGGAGCGGUGAGCACGCACAUGUGGCUACUUGCAUACCUACCGUAUAUCGGAUUACAGAGCCACGGAUCGAUUGAUUUCCAAUAUAAAUAUUUGCCGGAUUUCUUUAAACUUCAAGAAUAUCGACGAUGGAGUCAUUUUGUGAGUCUUGGUGAUCCAAAGGAUUGUUAUGAAGAGAAAGCCGAAUGUUUACAUAAAUUCGUUUUCCUUACGGGUUUCCGAGACGCAGUCACAUGGGCUGAUCGCCUUUCGAUUCUAAGUGAAUGGCGUGUGAUGGCCCGCCAGUAUCCACAUCUGAAUCUCACCAUUUACGAGGAUUUCAGCACAUACUCGGAUCAGCUGCUCUCGAUCGUGCCCGUGACUCAAUCGACUGUUGGCGGUGCUCUCAUUUGCAUGAUUGUGAUCCUCAUCAUUUUCACUCCAUCGAUCAUCAUGAUUCUCACCUCGACAGCCGCCGUUCUUUCCAUAAAUCUCGGGGUUUUUGGCGCUCUUCCCUAUAUGGGAAUCGAUUUGGAUCCAAUCUCGAUGACAACCACUCUAAUGGCCAUCGGUUUCUCGGUCGACUAUGUCGCACAUAUCACUUUCCAUUAUUAUAAAGGGGAUUUUGAGACAAAAAGAGCUCGAAUCGAGCACGCGCUUACCUCAAUCGCUUGGCCGAUGAUUCAAGCGGGAGCAUCGACAAUGUUCGCUGUACUUGUGCUGGCUAAAGUUCAUGCAUACAUGGUGGCUGUGUUUGUCAAGGUUGUCGUUUUGGUGAUCAUUCUUGGAAUGAUCCAUGGUUUAAUCGUUCUUCCUGUUUUAUAUUCAGCUCUUCCAUUCAGCAAACACAAAAAGAGCAAAAGUCGAAUGAAUACGCCAAGAGGAUCAAUCGGAAACAUUCAUUCGAUUAAUAUUCGUCCACAAUCACAAAUUCCCGAUGCAGAAGCUGUGGCCGAAACGAUGAAAAAGGAGAAAAGAGAAGAAAAUGAUCGAAAAGAAAGAAGGGAGGGU